ACGAUCGCAGCAGAGGUGACACACACUUUACCAACACAACUUACUUUGUGGAACGAAAAAUUAUUUAUGAUAGAAUUUCUGAUCGCGAGUGUAACAUUUAUUGAAACAUUACUUACAGUAAAUUGAGUUGGCCCAAACUGACCAUAUAAACGGAUCCAGUAUCGGAUCGGGAUUUGUGUGAUCGAUUCCAGUUGGUGAACAUCUCCUCCAAAAACCGGACAGGAAAAUAACUAACAGCCGCACCAAUAAUUCGUAGGAGGAAACAAGAAACGACAGAAUACACAUAGCCUGUGCGUUCGGCCGAGUGAAAAUUAAACAUGCCGCAAACACCGAUCAAUUCUUUGGAUGAGCAGGACAAACUGCUCAACGAUGCCAGUACUGUGGUUCGUGCCCAAGCGUUUCAGAUGAAACGUUUUCUGGACAAGAACCGCCUGAUGGAAGCAAUGCGAUGUGCCUCGACGAUGUUGGGCGAAUUGCGUACUUCGCUACUUUCGCCGAAGAGUUAUUACGAGCUGUACAUCGCCAUCACGGAUGAGUUACGGCAUUUCGAGCAUUACUUGUUGGAUGAGUUUCAGAAGGGACGCAAGGUUCCAGAUCUGUACGAACAUGUGCAAUACGCCGGAAACAUCGUGCCGCGGCUGUAUCUGUUGAUUACGGUCGGAUUGGUUUAUAUAAAAACAAAUUCGUCAUUGAAAAGAAGCAUUUUGAAGGAUCUGGUCGAGAUGUGUCGUGGAGUUCAGCAUCCCCUUCGUGGGUUGUUUCUACGCAACUACUUACUUCAGUGCACCCGGAAUAUUCUUCCGGACACUUUGAGUAACACCGAUGAGAAUGAAGGAAUUGUCAUCGAUGCGAUUGACUUUGUUCUCACCAACUUCGCGGAGAUGAACAAACUGUGGGUGAGAAUUCAGCAUCAGGGUCAUUCCAGUGAACGGUCGCGUCGUGAAAAGGAACGUGAAGAAUUGAAGAUUCUGGUUGGAACCAAUCUGGUUCGAUUGUCCCAGUUGGAAUCGGCCAGUCUGGAGAUCUAUCAACGACUUAUUCUGCCGGGAAUUUUGGAACAGGUCGUAAGCUGUCGCGAUGCCAUAGCCCAGGAAUAUUUAAUGGAGUGCAUCAUACAGGUUUUCCCGGAUGAGUUCCAUCUGCAAACGUUGGAUCCCUUUCUGAAAUCAUGCGCCCAGUUGCAGUCCGGUGUGAACGUUAAGAACAUCAUCAUUUCCUUGAUCGACCGGUUGGCAUUGUAUAAUCAACGGAACGAAAAAGUGACGCAAACAACUUCCGGCACCGAGGUUAUUUCGGCUAUUCCCUCGGAUGUGCAGCUGUUUGAGGUUUUCAGUACCCAAAUUGCGUACAUCGUUCAACUGAGAACCGAUAUGCCACUGGAAGAUACGGUUUCGCUGCAGGUGGCACUCGUCACCCUUGCCCAGAAAGUCUAUCCGGAUCGGGUUGAUUACGUGGACAAAGUUUUGGAAACGACGGCACAGAUUCUCGAUCGGCUCAACAUAAACAGCAUUUCACAUCACAUUUCGGUGAAUCAGGAAUUGUCCCGUUUGCUGCGACUGUGCGUGGACUUCUACAACAACGUGUUGACCAUCUUCCAGUUGCAGUACUUCACACCGUUGCUGGAGAAAUUCGAUUACACCUCCCGGAAGGCCCUCUCGCUGUACAUCGUCAUGAAUGUGCUGGAGAACGAAACGCUAAUUCCAUCGGCCGAACACACCGAUAGCGUUCUGACGAUGCUGUCUCCGUUGAUUCGAGACCAGGACGAUCAACCGGCCGAUAAAGUUGACCUGGAAGAUUUUGCCGAAGAGCAAGGCAUUGUCGGUCGGUUUGUGCACUUGCUCCGAUCGGACGAUCCGGAUACGCAGUAUAAAAUCCUGACCGCUGCUAGGAAACAUUUCGGAUUGGGUGGUCAUCAGCGGAUACGAUUCGUGCUGCCACCGUUGGUAUUUCAAGCUUACCAGUUGGCUUACAAGUAUAAAUCGAUUGCCGCCGAAGACGAGAUGUGGGAUAAAAAAUGCCAGAAGAUACUGCAGUUCUGUCACAGUACGAUUGCUGUGCUGGCUAAAUCCGAACUUCCGGAGCUGGCACUGCGAUUGUAUCUGCAGGGGGCACUUUGCAUCGGACAGAUUGCCUACACAAACCACGAAACUGUGGCGUAUGAUUUUAUGACACAGGCAUUUUCCUUGUACGAGGACGAAAUUUCCGACUCUAAGUCGCAGUUUGCAGCCAUUACCCUAAUAGUUUCUACCGUCGAACAAAUGGCGUGCUUUUCCGAGGAGAACGCGGAACCUCUGCGCACCAACUGUGCUCUGGCGGCUUCGAAAUUACUGAAGAAACCUGACCAGUGUCGAGCGGUGGUCACCUGUGCCAGUCUUUUCUGGAGUGGAAAACAAAACGGCCAGGAACUACGCGAUGAAAAGCGUACGCUGGAGUGUCUCAAGAAGGCCGCCAAAAUUGCCUCUCAGUGUCUGGAUGUUGGCGUUCAAGUACAGCUGUACGUUGAACUUCUGAACCACUAUUUGUUCUACUACCAACGCGGCAAUACUCAGAUUACAGUAUCGAUGCUCAACCAGCUGAUUGCUAAAAUCAACGAAGAGCUGCCCAAUCUGGAACCGACGGAGGAAACCAAACAGAUAGAGAUGCAUUAUCAGAAUACCUUGACCCAUAUUCGAAGUAGAAUGGAAUCCACCGACAGCAGUCUGGAGGUUUCGUUCGCCGGAAUCUCACUGAAUUGAAAUGUGAACCGAUGAACCGGGCUAUCGGAGGAGUUUGAUUUAUUUAAAUUCAUCGUUCUUUCUUCUGAUCGGCUCGCUGAGUCGAGAUGAUAAGUUCUGAAUGUGAAUGUUUUUAGCCUCCAAUUUAAAUGCGGUCGGUUCGGUUGUUAGGAAACAACUUUCAAUUAUAGAGCGCAAGAUAGGCGGGCAAGAAUGGCAAAGUUCAACAACAUGUAAAACAUACUGAAGAGACUAGACGCUAGUGCUUGGAUAUUCAAUAUUUGGAAAAAUUAUACAUAAUAUCGAAUGUAGAUUAUGAGUAGUUACAUAAUAAAUAUCGAAUGUAUGGUAAAUUCAAUAAAUGUAAUUUAUGAAGAUAA